GACCCUCCUUAUCGAGUUUCUAAUUGCGAAAACUACGUACAGUGACGUUGAACGAUAUAUAGAAUAGGUGUCAGUUGACCAAGGAUGAGCGUUGUGAAACACCAUUUUCGACUCACAGAUUAUUUGCAUUACGCAUAUGUGCCAUUCUACUCACAGCCUUGCCUUGCCUCUCGCACCAGGCAGACGCUUCACUCUGCGACUCUCGCACUUGAAACGCCCCUCAACUUUUAGUACUUGAUGUAUUAGCCACGCCGCAGAAUUGAAUCCUUCUUCACCGCAACUUUCAGCUGAACAAGAUAUCGUGUCAAAUUUCGAUACAACCAAGAACAGAAGUCGAAACAGCUACCAAAGCUCUUUGAAGCGCAGAGGAUACCAUCAUCACGUAUAACGACCAGCAAGGAUCAUUACAGCGCGACUACAGAAGCCUUAGAGAAAUGGCUCCGGUACGACCGGUGGCUACCAGCCCAAACCCGCCAAAAUCACCAAGAUUAGAGCUUUCCAACGUGGAGACGAAUCCAAAUGCGCCGUUGCGCUUGUUGUCGCUUGAUGGUGGCGGCGUCCGAGGAUUAUCUUCGCUAAUGGUCCUCGACGACCUGAUGGAGAAUAUUGCACUCGAAGAGAAGCGACUAGGACGUCGAGCUCAGAAUGACCACUCUACGCUGAAACCAUGUGACUAUUUUGAUUUGAUUGGUGGAACAAGCACUGGAGGUAUCAUUGCGAUAUUGUUGUCGCGCCUGCGACUUGACUGUAAGCAAUGUAUCGGCAUCUACACGAAACUAGCAGAGGAGAUCUUCAAGCACGACAAAUCCAUCAAAUUGUUCGGCACCAAGGUUCCUACUGGAUCAACACGAUUCUCCGGUGCAGUACUCGAGCGAGCGAUCAGAACCGCGCUCGUUGACCUGGGCUAUCCUGAAGAUGAGGUCAUGUGGGACGACACGCUGUUUGAAGAGGUUGCAGAGACCGAUCUUCCUGGCAGCAAUAUCUGGACGAAUGCGCCGCCAACCCUCAGCGAGAGCCCUACCGCGACAAUGAAACACGGAGAUUCUGCAAUGCCAACGAGCAAUGUUGCAGAUGACCAAGUGAUUAGUCCGGUAAAUCCAUUUGCAGAUCCCAUCAAGAGGCCCACCAGAACAGACACAUGGAAGAUGCGACCCCGGGGAUCAGUCCACAAGAGAGCCGAUCAGAGAGGCUGCCGUGGCUUUGUGGUGUCCUCGCUCAAGAACGCACUUGGCUUGCCCCGAUUACUGACAACUUACGACCCCAACGAUCGGAAAACACGGAUUUGGGAGGCUCUCCGCGCUACAUCGGCAGCACCGACAUUCUUCGAAGAGAUGCAGUUCGGAACUCCCAAGGUCACGUAUCUGGAUGGCGGCGUCGGCUUCAACAACCCCUGCGCCGAAGUCGACUACGCUGCCAAAGCUCUCUGGGAAGGCAGGGCUAUCGGUAUAAUCGUGUCCGUUGGAACCGGCCUCCAAUCCAUUCCCUCAGUCAAGAAGAUGGCUUCAUGGCUCCCAUUCGGACUGGGAACGAACAUUGCUCUCGCGUCUGCACUCGCAGGUAUGGCAACAGGCACUGCUAGGGUGGACAACGAGAUGAAGAGGAUGUACUACAACACAUCCACCCGGUACUACCGUUUCGAUGUUGAUCGGGGCUUAGCAGACAUAUCUCUUGAGCAGUGGAUGAAAGAAGACGAAAUGGUCUCGCUGACGCAGGAGUACAUGAGCGACGCCAAACAACUACGCAGCGCCAGGCAAUUCGGCGAGCUCAUGGCGAAGCUCUCUUCACUACCGCCCAAGUUCGAAAUCGGGGCUUCGCAUUUCCGGGUGGGCAUCGACGGGAAGGGACUGGUGAAUCACGACUUCGAGCAGGUCAAGGUGGACUUUAAGACAGGACUGCCACUUGGCAUGAAGAGCCACUUGGAAGAUUACCAGCGGCUACCCCAGUUCCGUGAGAACAGUCCGUCUGGCGAGGGAGGUUUGGCCGUCGAUAAGAAGGGAAAGCUGCGCACGAUCUUCCCCGUAGCAGAGGAUCUCGACGGCGACGGUCGACGUCAAGAAGCUGCCGUGUACCAGUGCAUGAAAGCCGACAACAUCUGUCUUCGAUCCGUCAAGACUGGUAUUCCUCCAGGUCGAUACCGCGUACAGUUCAUCGUUUCGUUGCACAACUCCAACGAGACGACGCCCGCAGAUAUCGUGUUUUCGGUUGGCAAGCCGUUUGAUACUUCUACCUUCACGCAACGCUACGUGGAUGUCAAGAUUACGCCGGACAUCGUACCUGUCCUGCUCUAUCCCGAUGCUGUUAGGGUACGUGUUGGCCGUACACGUUAUGCAGAUAAGAAAGGCAAAGGGUGGAUCGAAAUUGAGGGCGACGUUGAAGUCAACGUUGGUCUGGCCGGUGCACUUGGCUUCAUCAUCAGUAAGAAGUAUGAAGAGGGUGUGUUCGUAGAUGGGUGGACUUUCGGUGGUGUCAGAUUAGAGCCUAUCUUUGCGAAGCCCUCUCAAUAAAGGAUUAGGUAGGCGGUAGAGAAAGGAGGUUUCUUGGGGUUGUAGUUCUUCUUUUCGUCUGUCUCGGCUUGUCCGAUUUUCGAGCGUUGUCACUGCAUAUCUGGGAUAGGGAUGAUAGUUUUUCCAAUAGCGAGCUACACUGUAGCAUACACUACUACACUAAUUGGGCUUAUCGAAUUACGUAGCUCCCACAAAAUUGUAAUACUCCUUCCGAG